AUGACUGGAGGAGACGAUAGGAAGAGAGGCCCUCUGAAAAGUGUCAACUCCGGGUUCCCAGCAGGAACAGGUUCUCAGCUUCCUGCACCAUGACUCCAGAAGGACACAUUUCAGAUCAUUUUCCCCCUCUGAAGAGGCAGAGCAGCACUUUGUAUAAUAUAACUCAUAUAACCACUUUAUUUCUGAGUGUUUUUCUGUUGUCUCAGUCUUCAGCAGUAUUCAAUCAAUGAAAAUAUUGUAUUUCCAAAGCUUUAAAAAAAAGCCAGACAUGCAAACCUAAUAUAUUAUGAUAAGCAAUCCACUUGGUAUACGUGUAAUUGGUUUACUGUAGUAUCUGUUGAUCUGUUAUGUGAUCUCAUAUUUUCCACUGUACUGCACUGCACAUACAAUGGCAGCCUGUCAUUGCAGUGCUAAUGUGGUCUGUGUGUUUUGUUGCAAGUGGUGCUGAUCGGAGACUCUGGUGUGGGGAAGAGUAACCUGCUGUCCCGUUUCACACGGAAUGAGUUCAACCUGGAGAGCAAAAGCACCAUCGGUGUGGAGUUUGCCACCCGCAGCAUUCAGGUAGACAGCAAGACGAUAAAGGCCCAGAUCUGGGAUACAGCUGGACAGGAGCGCUACAGAGCCAUCACCUCAGCGUGAGUGGACCAACGAAAUGGAUUGUACCAAGCAAUCAACAACUUUGUGCUCAUAACGCCCUUCUGAAACCUGCCAUGAACCAUGUAAACUGUUAUGAGGUACUUCUCUAUCUUAGUCCUACAACCUUUGACUUCCUGUUCUCCUUGCUCUGUCCUAAUCAGGUACUACAGGGGGGCAGUGGGGGCUCUCCUAGUGUAUGACAUCGCCAAGCAUCUGACCUAUGAAAAUGUGGAGCGCUGGCUGAAGGAGCUCAGGGAUCAUGCUGAUAACAACAUCGUCAUCAUGCUGGUGGGCAACAAGAGUGACCUGCGCCACCUCAGGGCAGUUCCCACAGACGAGGCUCGUGCCUUUGCAGGUAAACAACAACCACUGCAACAAUAACACUGGAGGAGACAACAGCUCACUCUGGGGACAGAGAUGGUUAAAAAGCCACCCAUGUUUGUCUUAACUCAAUCUUUUCUCUUUUUCUCCCUCAGAGAAGAAUACGUUAUCAUUUAUUGAAACAUCAGCUUUGGACUCCACUAAUGUGGAAGAGGCGUUCAAGAACAUCCUCACGGGUAAGACGAGGGAUCCACGACACACCUCACAUUACUGGAAACUAGCUAGUCUAUACAUUUUCUUUUCAGUAACUGUCUCUUCCUUUUCCUACAGAAAUCUACAGAAUCGUAUCACAAAAGCAGAUAGCUGACAGAUCAGCACAUGACGAGUCUCCAGGCAACAAUGUAGUGGACAUCAGUGUCCCCCCCACCACCGGUGGGCAAAAAAACAAACUACUGUGCUGUCAAAGCCUGUGA